AUGGGGAGACCAAAUCGCUGGCGAACACAGGAGGCCGGCGGUGAAGCGCGCCGUCGUUUCAACCCAGCACUGCAGCAAGAGCUGGUCGGCGCAUGCAAGCUCUGCGACGCCAAACGCAUACGCGCCAUCCUGCAAACUGGACGACACGCGGUGGACGUGAACCUGAUUGACCAGGAUGGCUACCCGCCAAUUGUGUAUUGCGUGGUAGGCGACAGCGUCGCAUGCAUCAAAGAGCUAUCCAGCAUCCCCGAUAUAGACCUGUGUGCACCGGAUGAGCUGGGCGACACGACCUUGCACCACGGCAUUAUCCACGGUGCAGCAGCCGCUGUCAAGCACCUGCUGUCUUUGGGCGUCUCUCCCAAUGUGCCCAACGCAUCCGUUAACACCCCUCUUCACACCGCCAUCCUCAACAACAAGGCGGAGUUUGUCGCCAUGCUGAUACGCGAGCGCAGCCUGAACGUCGACGCCAAGAACGACAAGUUCCUCACCCCACUUGCCAUGGCCGUCUCAGACAACCAGCCCAUGUUGUGUCGGCUGCUGACGCGGGCCGGUGCGAAUCCAAUUGAGCCAUGCGGCCGUGAGCACUUCACCCCCGUCCACCUCGCCUGCGCAAUGGGUUACGAACAGGCCCUCGCACAAAUAACAGAAAAAUGGUCUGCGCGCGAGUUCAACCGUGCGCGGGAUGCGCGGGGCCGGACACCGCUGCACGUCGCCGUCCUCGAGGGCAGACGCAAGAUUGUACAGUCUCUUCUGGCCGGUGGUGCAAAUCCAUUCAUCCAAGAUGCACAGGGAUUCGACGCACUGCACUACGCAGUACAGGGAGACCGCCCAGAGACGCUCAAGCUGCUGCUUGCGUCAAGUGCAGGGGACAGCGCUGCGGAGACGACAACAAUCAUGCACACGGCAGCAGCAGGCGGGCAGACGGGCACAGUGCGCUACCUGCUCGCACAGGGGAUAUCACCAACACGUGCAAACGACAACGGUGAGACGCCCCUGCACGCCGCCGUCGCCUCUGGCGAUCGUCCAACCGUGGAUCUCCUGCUUGAUCCGUGCAAGGCUGUCAUUGACGAAACCAACAACGAUGGAAAUACUGCACUGCACACUGCCAUUGCAAAGGGAUUUUCUCCGCUUGCGUUGAUGCUGCUCAACGCAGGCGCAAACGCUGAGAUUGCGGAUGGAAGCGGCGCAACCCCGGCCUCCCUCGCUGUGCAACAUCGCUGCAAGGAAGUGUUGGAAGCCGUUGCAGAGCAGGCGCCGUCUUCGCUGGCCAUCGCGGACACUUCGCAGCGGCGACCGCUUCAUUACGCGUGCCAGCACCCAGACUUGGUUUCGGCUGUUGAGCGACUGGUGGAAUUGGAUGCGGACGGCGUUGAUGCGGAGGACGAGGAUGGCAUGACGCCGCUCCUCAUCGCAUGCGCCGCCGGCAACGGCGCCGCUGUUGACUGCCUGCUGUCCACAAAUGCUUCUACUACGCACACGAACAAGCGCGGGGAGACGGCACUGCACCUGGCGGCUGCUGGCGGCUACUCCCAACUCGCAUUCACCCUCAUCGUCCGCGGCGCCCCCAUCAACGCCAUGUCCACGGCUCGACGAACUGCACUUGAUAUCGCCUACAGCGCACGCGCCGGGCCGUGUGCCGAACGCAUCUUGCAGAAUGGUGGGCACACGGGCCAACUACUCGUGCAGCGGGCCGUGUUGAUCUGCCAGACUGCAUGGCGAACCUGCAACGCACUCAAACGACGUGCCAUCGUCACCGAAACACCACCGGAGGAUGCGCGCGUGAUGCUGCUGUUUACGCUGCGCUGCCAGCUGUCAGUGAUCAGGCGCUACUUCCGGCGCCAGGCGUGGCAGCACCACAACAGCAUUGUGCGCCGCUGGGUCGGAUGCUCCGUCCUCUCCGUUGACCCCAACACACCGCACAAUCGCCACGAGCAGCACCAGCCACGACAGCAACGCCAACGACAACGACAGCAGCACCUGCAACAUCACUCUAGUCAGGGUGAGCAGCACAGCGGGUCAUUGUCCACGUCAUCGGCAUGUGCAAGCGACGUGUCGCCCACGUCUCCAGCAGCAACCGCGUGGUCUCCACCGAGCACUCGCUACUCCUCGUCUCCAUCGUCCCGGUCGCCCUCCCACCACCACGCCCGCAGCCAGCAUCACCACAACCCCCGCAACCAUCAUCACCAGCGUCACCAGCGUCACAAGUAUGCAGAUCGAAGAAGCAGAGCACGUGCUUGCAAGAGCGAGCAGGGCGCUCGCACGCUUCCUCCCAUCAAUCAACAUCGCCGCGCAGCCCGCAAUGCCCUGCAUGCGUCCAUGAACAUGCCCUUGAACGCAUCCCUGAACACGUCGCGCAACAGCAGAAAGCACUCGAGCCGUCGUGACAGCAGAGACCACAGACCACCGCCCCACAGCAACGCAACCACUACAUCAGGCGGCCGAAUCCCUGCAAGCAUUAAUCUGACAACAACAGGGACAGCGCCUGCGUGGACAUUAUCCACAGCGUCAACCGCAGUGUCUGGGCAUGCAGAGGAGGAGGAGCACAUGUUGGCAAACCUGCGAAACAAGUUGGCCGAGCAGACGCGGGCCCUGAAGCAGCUCCAGCGGGAGAACACCUUGCUCAAGACUAUCAGCAAAACACAAGAGAAAGUAUUGAUGAAGGUACAUGGUGUGGACACUCGGCUUCAACAGCAGGACAAACAGGAACCAACCAAGGCUGUGGAAACAUUUGGUCCUCCAUCCAAGGACUUGAAACCGCCGUCCACGAAACUGGACCUUGAGCUUCAGCGGCAGCAGCGGCUCAUCCGGAACUUUAAACAGAGGUUCGACACACUUCAGGCAACACUUUCAAAGAGCGAGGAGGCCGCUGCCCCACUCCCACCCAAAGUCGGACCUGACACGGAUCCAGAUGCUUAUGCGCAACGGGCACAGCAGAAGGUGUUGCGGAAACAAAUGCAGGAUGCGUUGCAGGAGAUUGUCAAGCUUCGAUCGGAUACAGAAUCCCUGUCGAAGCUGCUGCAGCGUAGUGCACGCGAUGACGCUGGGCAGGGUAAUCGUUCAUUUCCGUCCCACACCACCACCACCACUAUGACCAUGCCAUCGCAGGGCGUUGAUGUCUUCAUCUCGCUUUGCUUCAGCGAGGCGCAGCACGCUGGCAAGGUUCUGGAAGAAGCCCUCAAGGCCCGUGGCAUUGACGUAUUCAUCGGCGAUGCUUCAUCUGGAGAAGAUGCGGCCAGGACGGUGGUUCGAUCCUUGCAUGGCUGCCGGAUGGCCGUUUUGCUUGGCACACGGACGUAUGGGGAGCAGACAGACAGCGACUUCAGCACCCACGAGGAACUGCAGUACAUCUUGCACCACGACAAGCGGUUCUUCCUCGUGAAGAUGUGUGACCAAUUCGAGGAGCCGAAGGCUCAGGCCCAACUCACCGACCAUGUCGUUCACUUUUCGUGGAACCCCGAUGAGAGCGCGGAUGUGCCUGUCGACUUGAUUGACAAGAUCAUCGCCAAACUCGAGACGGUACCUGAGACGCCAACAACAACUGCGCCCCAGCUGCAGCUGCAUCACCAUGGCGAUGGCGGACUGCCGCCCCCCAAUAUCCACAAGAUGGGCAAAGCAGAAGCCGCUGUGCUCCUUCUCGACCGUGCCGGCUGCGCACCCGGGGACUACGUGGUGCGGCGAACCAAAUCCGACAACCAGCUCGCCAUCAGCCUUGUUAUUGGGGAAGACAAGGUCGAGCACCAUGCACUAUCCCAGGAUGAUACUGGGCUCUAUGUUCUCGACAAGAAGCUGCUGCUGCAGCCGGACAGCCUUGAGACUGCGCUUGACCAUCUUUCAGCCAACCAAGAGACAAUGUCACACACGCUGCAGUGCAGAAUCGAGCAAGUCACGCCAGCUGGCCAGCAGAAGAAGGCCACGCUUCCCGUCGUUGCCGUUGCACAUGACCCAGUCACCGAGACAGCACUGAGCAGCGCUACGCUUGCUACCACGCAGAAAGAGCCGCAAGUUCAGCAGCCAACGCACAACAAGCUAACCAGCAACAACACUUUCAACACGGGGUCAUCUUCCUCGUCGUCGCUGAAGAUGAAGCAUGCACCCGCUGACCUCAAGUCGUUUGGGCUGGAGACUGGUGGCACGGUUGAAUUGAAGCACGGGACGCGCUGGAGGAGCAAGACUCUCUUGGCGAUGCUGUUGAUCGCUGUCAUCGCCAGUGUAGCCGUACCAGUCUCCGUGCUAACAAUCGCGUCCAGCAGCAAGAGCAAGUCUUGCGUGAGCAACGUCACCCUGGACUGUGCGAACCCCGUCUCCCGGCUUGAAUUCGUCGCAAAUGCAUUUUGCACCGCUGCCUCCGUCGUGAACUGCUGCUGCGAUGAGUUUUACGCCUUGAACAGCGUCGCAGGAUCCGUAUCCCUCAACACCUCCCUUUCCUCGCUUCAGUUUGGAUCAGUUGUGCAUGUUGGCGGCGAUGUCGUUGGCAGCGGAGGCUCGCUGGUGUCAGUUGACUUUGGAAACUUGACGUCCGUCGGUGGGACCGUGGCCCUGAACGACAACAGCAUUACUGCGAUCAACUUCGGCUUGCUGGCAAACGUUGAUGGCGACCUCGACAUGAGCAACAACAGCAUCACCAGCAUUGACUUUGGUGUUGUGACAAAUGUCACCGGCAACAUUGACAUGAGCGACAACAGCAUUUCUUCCCUUCUCCUUGGCCUACUCUCAGCCGUUGGUGGCGACCUCGACAUGAGCAACAGCAACCUGACGAGUAUCGACUUUGGCGCUGUGACAACUGUUGGCGGCAGCGUUGACAUGAGCGACAACAGCAUUUCUUCCCUUCGCCUUGGCCUGCUCUCAGCCGUUGGUGGUGACCUCGACAUGAGCAACAGCAACCUGACGAGUAUCGACUUUGGCGCUGUGACAACUGUUGGCGGCAGCGUUGACAUGAGCAGCAACCCAAUGCGUGUCAUUGACCUUGGGUCACUGCAGGAUGUCGGUGGUGCGGUGAAGUGGGCUGGUGAUCCGUUUGGUAUCGAGAGUGGGCGUGUGGUGGACAACGUGACACUGAUCGAUGAUGAUGUGCUGGAGGUGUUUGACUUUGGGGGCGGCAUCACAGCCGUCGACGGGUGCAUCAGCUUCACCUCCGUCAGCAACCUGAUUAGCGUCAACUUGGGCGGCAUCAGCAGAGUGGAUGAGUGCAUCAACCUCACCUCCAACAGCAACCUCACGAGCGUCAAUUUUGGCAUCGUGGCGACGGUCGGCAGUUAUGUUGACGUCAGUGGCAACAGCAUCUCAUCCCUUCGCCUCGGUGCGCUGACAGCGAUUGGUGGGGACCUGGACAUGAGCAGCAACCCAAUGCGUGUCAUUGACCUUGGGUCACUGCAGGAUGUCGGUGGUGCGGUGAAGUGGGCUGGUGAUCCGUUUGGUAUCGAGAGUGGGCGUGUGGUGGACAACGUGACACUGAUCGAUGAUGAUGUGCUGGAGGUGUUUGACUUUGGGGGCGGCAUCACAGCCGUCGACGGGUGCAUCAGCUUCACCUCCGUCAGCAACCUGAUUAGCGUCAACUUUGGCGUCGUGAAAAAUGUCACUGGUGACAUCGACAUUAGCGACAACAGCAUUUCUUCCGUCCACCUCGGUCUGCUGUCAGCUGUCGGCGGCGACCUGGACAUGAGCAGCAACCCAAUGCGUGUCAUUGACCUUGGGUCACUGCACGACGUUGGUGGCGCAGUGAAGUGGGCCGGUGAUCCGUUUGGUGUCGAGAGUGGGCGUGUGGUGGACAACGUGACACUGAUCGAUAAUGAUGUGCUGGAGGUGUUUGACUUUGGGGGCGGCAUCACAGCCGUCGACGGGUGCAUCAGCUUCUUCUCCAACAGCAACCUGACGAGUGUCAACUUUGGCAGUAUCGAGAACGUUGUCGAAUACGUCGCAUUCGACAACAACGAUGCCCUCCCCCGCAUCGACUUCGGCAAGGUCCUUACCAGCGUUGGUGGGUGCAUCUCAAUCUCGUCCAACAACAUGCUGGCCAGCAUCGACUUCGGUGUCAUCACCAGCGUUGGUGGCUGCAUUGACUUUGAAGCGAAUGGUGCCCUUCCAGUCAUUGACUUUGGCAGCAUCCUCACCGAUGUGAGUGACUACGUCGAGUUCAGCGCUAACAGCGCGCUGACCAGCGUUGACUUUGGCAGCAUUGCCCAGGUGGGCGGUUACAUCUUUUUCGACGACAACGAUGCGCUGACCAACGUUGGCUUUGGCGGCGUCACCAGUGUCGGUGGCCACGUCAAGUUUGAUGACAACGACGGCCUUCCACUAAUUGACUUUGGCAAUGUGUUCACGCUUGUGGACGACUAUGUUGAGUUCAGCAGCAACGGUGCAUUGGCCAGCGUGAGCUUCGGCAAUAUCGCCGACGUUCAUGGUCACAUCUACUUCAACGACAACGACGACCUCACCAGCAUUGACUUUGGCAGCACCACUCAAGUGGGUGAUUACAUACAGUUUGACACCAACGAUGCCCUGCCCAGCGUCUAUUUUGGUGACAUUUCCCUGGUCACUGGCCAUGUCUUCUUCUACGACAAUGAUGCGCUGACCAGUGUUGACUUUGGCAGCAUCACCAACGUGGGUGGCUACAUCAAGUUUGAUGACAACGAUGGCCUUCCAUUGGUCAGCUUUGGCGAGACUUUCAAGUACCUUGGUGGCUACAUUGAGCUUCGCAGUAACGAUGCCCUGACCAGCGUCGACUUUGGCAGCGUGACCAGUGCUGACUACGUCCUCUUCGACGACAACGACGCCCUGACCAGCGUCGACUUUGGCAGUGUGACAAACGUUGACAGACACGUCUACUUCUUAGACAAUGACGGCCUCCCAUUGAUGGACUUCGGGGGCACUCUCACCAGAGCGGGUACAAUUGAGUUUCGGACCAACGACAACCUGACCAGCAUUGAUUUCGGCAGCAUCACUAAGGUCCACGGCGACAUCCGUUUCCUUCAAAACAGUGCCUUGGCCAGCAUUGACUUUGGCAGUAUCACCAAUGUGACCGCAUCCAUCACCGCUGUGAUGAAUAGCGCUCUCCCACUUGUGAACUUUGGGGGCACGCUCACUGCUGUGGGUGGCUUUGUGAACAUCGAGACAAACGCUGCCCUGACAAGCGCAGACUUCGGCGGUGUCACGACCAUUGGCGGUUAUGUCCGAUUCUACAACAACGACAACCUGACCAGUGUUGAUUUUGCCAGCAUCACCAGCAUUGCCCAACACAUCAAAUUUGACGACAAUGACGCCCUCCCGCACAUGGGCUUCGGCGACAUCCUCAUCAACCUGGGCGGAUACAUUGAGUUUGUCAGGAACUCACGCCUUGUCAGUGUUGACUUUGGUAACACCCUUACCGUUGUGCCUGUGUACAUCUCCUUUCUCUUCAACAACAAGCUUGACAGCGUCGACUUUGGCGCAAUCACCAAUGUGACUGGGGACAUUACCUUCAGCAACAACGCCGUCCUCCCCAGCGUCAGCCUUGGCGCAAUCAUUCGCGUCGAGGGUAACCUCAACUUCCUUUCAAAUGCCGACCUGACCAGCGUUGACUUUAGCGACAUUGUCAGUGUGAAGGGUACUGUGACUUUCGCAGCCAACGAUGCCCUGCCCAGCAUCAGCUUUGGCAACGCUCUCACUUAUGUGGGUAGCGCGGUUUUGUCCUCGAAUCAAAACCUGACGAGCAUCGACUUUGGCGGCAUCAAGGAGGUCGGCAACGACUUGAAAUUCCACGACAACGACGCUCUCCCCCGCAUCAACCUCGGCGACAUCCUCGCUGAGCUUAGCGGGUGCGUCUUCGUGGACUUCCAUGACGCCCUGACCAGCUUCGACUUUAGCGCCGUCACCAACGUGGCUGGCUGCAUUGAGCUCAAAAACAACGUUGCCCUAACUGACAUUGACUUUGGCAGCGUGACCACUGUCGGAGGGCACGUUCAGAUAGACACAAACUAUGCGCUGACCAGCUUGGACUUUGCUAACAUUAACCUCGUGGAUCAACACGUGCUCUUCCACGACAACAACAAACUGACCAGCGUCGACUUUGGCGUCAUCACCCAAAUCACCACUUAUGCCAAGUUCGAGGACAAUGACGCCCUUCCACUGAUUGACUUUGGCAGCGCCCUCACCAAUGUGGGUGACUACGUCGAGUUUCUCGACAACGAUGCGCUGAGCAGCGUCAACUUUAGCAGCAUUACUUUUGUCCGCACACACAUUAAGUUCGACAUCAACAAUGCGCUGACCAGUGUCGACUUUGGCAGCAUCACCAGCCUCGAAUCCAUCACUUUCGACAACCAUGUCGCCCUUUCGUCGGUGGACUUUGGCAGCUCACUGACCAGCAUUGACGAGGCCAAGUUCACCGAUAACAGGGCGCUGACCAGCAUCAACUUUCGCAACAUCCGCACCUUCGAUAACAUCCUCUUUGGCAACAACAAUGCACUGCCCAGUAUCAACUUUGGUCUGAUCACAAAUGUCGAGGGUGGUGUCGCUUUCAAGGACAACGAUGCGCUGACCAGCGUCGACUUUGGCAGCAUCACGGCUGUGGGUACCUCCAUCGAAUUUAGCGGCAACGGUGCGCUGACCAGCGUCGACUUUGAUAGCAUCACGACUGUGGGUGCCUUCGUCGAAAUUAGAGCCAACGGUGCGCUGACCAGUGUCGACUUUGGCAACAUCACCACGGUACAAACUUUCUUGCAGUUCAGCGACAACAGUGGCCUCCCGUCAAUCGACUUUGGCAGCGUUCUCACCACUGUGGGCGCUGUUAGCGUCAUGGACAACAGCGUUCUGACUAGUGUCGAUUUUGGUGCCGUCGAGGCCGUCGACAACACGAUACUCAUUGCCAGGAACGCCAAACUUGCUGGCAUUACUUUGAACAGUCUCACCAAUACAUCUGGCGCUGUCGAAGUCGUGCAAAACAAUGCGCUUACUUCUCUCAGCUUCCCCGCUCUAACCCGUACCGGCAGCUUCCGCAUCACUUCACAGCCUGCCCUCACCACCAUUGACUUUGGUGCCAUCAGCACUGUGGACGGCGAUAUUGCAGUGGGCGGAAAUGAGGCCCUCACCAGCAUCAGCUUCGGCAGCAUUACCAGCGUGACUGGAACCGUUUUCCUUGGACACCUGGCUUUCGGCAGCAAUAAUCUCACCAGCGUCGACUGUCAGGACUUCACUGCCACAUGCGUGAACAACUACGACAGCAUCAUCCUCACCAAUUGCCCUGCCGAAUGCAUAUGAGGGGCGCCGCUCGGCUCGCCGACUGGCAUUCCACCAAGCAGUCCGGCCUUCAUUCUUGCGCCAAGGGCUAUGUGCCCUGGCCUUUCAUCCGUUUCCAGUGCCCUCUUUCCAAGCGUGGCAACC